AUGACCCCGAAACGAAAGAGAACCGGUGCACACCCACCGCCUCCGAUACCCGAGAUGCCUGAUACAGUCCCCAGACGGAGCAGUCGAAGGAUCAAGGACGCUUCUAAUGGCAACGAUGAACGAAAGGCGAAGCUUGAUGUUACAAAAAUGGCUGGGGAUCCAAUGAAAGUGCCGGACCCCAAGAAAGCAAAAGCCGUAUGGGACACUGGAGAAGGUGUUGAGGAAGCUAUGCGAGAAUUGAGUGAGAUGGAACACAAGCUACAAAAUGCUGUGAGAACUCAGCGACUUGCAGUUGAAUCAUCAGACCUUCAAGUGAAGAAAGAGUCUUCCCAGGAACCUGAUAUUCGACCAACAAUGUACUCCCCAAACAAGGAUACCGUCAUUGCUCGCGGCAAUCUGGAGGGAAAGUCGAAAGUCGUUGAUACAGCGCCACUGGAUGAGUACGAUGCCAAACUCGCUGCAGGCGAUGUUGCUGAUGCCAAGGAUGAAGAAGACGGUGCUAGUCGAGGUGCCGACCGGCCUCCUCCAGUGAAUAGUGAGGUGCUUCCCUUACCAUGGAAGGGGCGAUUGGGAUAUGCCUGUCUGAAUACAUAUCUGCGCAACGCGACACCUCCUGUAUUCUCUUCGAGAACCUGUCGUAUAGCCUCAAUUAUCGAACAUCGGCAUCCCUUGGCGAAUGAAGACGAACCUGAGCAUGCGACCAAGAACCGCCCCGACAAGAAUAAGCCCGCAGACAUCGAGCGAGGUAUGAAGUAUGUGCAGGAAUUGGGAUUGGCAAAUGCUCGAGAUAUUGUCAAGAUGAUUCGAUGGAAUGUCAAGUAUGGCAUCAAAUUCAUGCGACUUAGCAGUGAGAUGUUCCCAUUUGCUAGUCAUCAGGAACACGGAUACAAGCUGGCGCCAUUUGCGUCUGAGGUGCUGGCAGAAGCUGGUAAAGUGGCGGCAGAACACAACCACCGCCUGACAACACACCCAGGACAAUUCACUCAGAUUGGUAGCCCUCGAAAAGAGGUUGUUACUGCCGCCAUUCGCGAUUUGGACUAUCAUGAUGAGAUGCUUACCUUACUCAAACUACCCGACCAACUCAACCGCGACGCAGUCAUGAUUCUCCACAUGGGAGGUACCUACGGCGACAAAGCAGCGACUCUUGACCGAUUCCGAGAGAACUAUGCCAAACUUUCCGACAGCGUCAAGCGACGUUUGGUUUUGGAGAAUGACGACGUUGCAUGGAGCGUUCAUGAUUUAUUACCUAUCUGUGAGGAACUAAACAUUCCUCUCGUUCUCGACUAUCACCACCACAACAUCAUCUUUGACUCUUCCAUCAGAGAAGGCUCUAAAGAUAUUAUGGACUUGUACGACCGAAUCAAGGCGACAUGGGACAAGAAAGGAAUCACUCAGAAGAUGCAUUACAGCGAGCCAACUUCUCCUGCCGUUACUCCACGGGAUCGUCGCAAGCAUUCCGCUAGAGUCAAGACCCUUCCCCCUUGUGUGGCUGACAUGGAUCUCAUGAUUGAAGCCAAGGAUAAGGAGCAAGCUGUUUUUGAGUUGAUGCGCACAUUUAAGCUCCCGGGCUGGGACACAUUUAACAAUAUUGUGCCUCACGAACGUCCAGAUGAAUCACGAAAGGCGAUCAAGAAGAAGGCUAAGAAAGGAAAAAAGAAGGACGCCGUCAACGGCGAGGCCGAGGAUGAUAUUGAGGUACCAGAAAAGAUUGUGAGCGCGGAAGAUUUUGGUAUGGGAGGACCUCAAGAUCGUGUUUACUGGCCGGAGGGUAUGGAAGAAUGGUUACGACCUAAGAAGAGAGAGGUGAAGAAGGAAAAGGAUGGAAAGGAUGGAAAACCCCAGAUUAAGGAAGAUGGUGAUGAGAAUUGA